AAUGCCUCCUGCGAAACAUACCACCAAUGAGGAGGACGCGUUUAUGCAGGAUUUGUUGUCAGAAUUGGACGAUUCAUUCUGGAACGCGGCCCCUACCCCAGACCCAUCACCAGCGAAGCCCAAGCAGAAAACGCCAAUUAUCGACAAGACGAAGCGACCUAAAGCGCUUUCUACCAAAGAUGUCAAUUUGUCUGAUCUCCUAGAGGGAGCAGAAGAUUGGGAUUUUAACGAUGACUUUCUUACACCUAAGAAGGAUGUGAAAAAGGAGAUUCUGCCUAAACUUCCCCCAAAACCUGCCGAGAAAUCUUUCAAGAGUGCAGCAUGUACACGGUGUGUUGUACAAACCAUUGAAGAGCGCCAAGUUGGCUCUAGACACGAAAAGAACCUCAUAGUGAGAGUGGAUGGCAGCAAGGAGAAGCGUUCAAUUAUUUUACGCGACGAUUGGAUAGUAACUGAUGUUCGUGAAGGCGAUAUCGUCAACGUCAUUGGAGAAUUCACUGUUCUGGGAGAAUCGUCUUCAUCACUCACAUCCUCGAUUGUAGUGUCAUCUAAAAGCAAUCUGAUUAUUCUUCACCCGGACGUGCUCAUUACGGCUACCGCUCUCUCUAACGCUCCUCAGUGUCGCAGGAAACCCUUAAUAUCUUCCCUCGUUCGUUCAUCAUCCGAUUAUACACCUUCUCUCGUUUGGGGCAAUAUGCUUCAUAGCGUGUUGCAGGCAUGUCUUGUCGCAGACCGCUGGGAUGAGAUUUGGGUCGAUGACAAGAUUGAUGAAAUUGUUCGUGGCGGACUCUCGGAUCUUGUCCGCAUCAAUACCAACGUCGACCAAGCGAAACGGGAGGUGAAGGCUCGAGCAAAAGGUCUUCAUGCAUUCUCCGAAAAAUACAUGGCGCCGUCGCCCAAGCCCGGUGCGAACUUGACAAACACUCGAGCAGGUCGUAACGAUGUGUCAUUGCUGGCAAUACCGAAAAUUCUUGAUAUUGAGGAAGAUAUCUGGUGCCCUUCGUACGGUCUGAAGGGUAAACUCGACGCAACCGUGCAGGCGACCAUUUCGGAAACGAAACCGCCGUUCCAUAAACCAGUAAUCACAGAUGGGCCGAAGCCGUUGGAGCUGAAGACCGGACGUGCGAUGGCAGGCAUGGAACAUCGCGCUCAGACUAUGUUAUACAGUCUUCUUGCGGAGGAGCGGUAUGGUUUGGAGGUUUCUUCAGGUCUUCUGUAUUAUACACAGAGCGAAGAAGUUGUUCAGGUUGACGUGAACAGAAAUGAACUUAGGGGGCUUAUCAUGGCGCGAAAUGAAAUGGCCUGCUACAUGGUCCGUCGACAUCAGGAUCCCCCGGAGCCCUUUCUUCCACCGACGCUGGAUGACGAAAGGGUAUGCAAGAGAUGCUAUGUGUUGGACACGUGCAUGUUGUACCGCAAGGCUGUCGAAAAUGUCGAGGACACCAACUCUCCGAUUGCAGAUGCCUACUCCCUCAAGACCUCACAUCUUUUCCCUUCUCAUUCUGCCUUCUUUAAACAAUGGGAGCAUCUCAUAUCUCUCGAAGAAUCAGACUUGGGUCGAUUUAAAAAAGAGCUAUGGACUAUGGGCGCUUCUGAAAGAGAAACUAAAGGCCGCUGCUUUAGCUCCAUGGUCAUCGACCGGACAUAUUGUCCACCGUCUCAGUCACAGGCAUCCAGAGAAACCAAAAUCCAUCAAUAUACCUAUAAAUUCCUUCGUUCUUCCGGCUACAAAACACCCUCCUCCUUUUUAAAUGGAUUCCUCAACGUAGGCGACGCAGUGACGAUUUCCGUAGAACCCCAUCUGCUCGCACUUGCAAGAGGAUUCAUUCUUGAACUCACGCCGACAGACGUCAUCGUCGGGGUUGAUCAUGAUCUGUCCCUACACUCUAUUCGCAAUCGUUUGUCGGCCUUUGGCUCUGCCUCCUCCGAAGUUAUUUUCCGUAUCGACAGAGAUGAGCUCUUUGGCGGUAUGGGCCGUAUUCGCGAGAACCUGGCCCAACUAUUCUAUUUGGGGGGCGAUACUAGGCGGUUGGAACUUGUCGUGGAUUUGAAAUAUCCUUCUUUCAGCGACGAGCCGUUACCUCUCCCUCCAUCUGUCACUCGAUACUCUGCACAUCUCAAUGCCAACCAGAUGCAAGCCAUGGAUAAAGUUCUUUCGGCCGAAGACUACGCUUUGAUCCUUGGGAUGCCCGGGACCGGAAAGACGACCGUUGUUGCGUCUAUAAUAAAAACGGUCGUGGCAAUGGGAAAGACUGUCCUACUAACUUCAUACACUCACUCUGCCGUGGAUAAUAUUCUGUUGAAGCUGAAGGACGUCGAUUUCGGCAUUCUGCGAUUGGGAAACACCGACAAGGUGCAUCCUGAAAUCCGUGCCAUGACGCUAUCCGCAAAACGAGAACCCACUACAGUCGAGCAACUAGAGUUUCAAAUCAUGACACCUCCCGUUGUUGCAACUACUUGUUUGUCCAUCGAUAAGUACGUUCGAAACAAAGAAGCACGUCAAGGAGGAUUGGAUGUAUCACUUUUUCGGCGUCUCUCCGAUGCGCAUCCUCAUUCAGUCGUUGAUCUCGCAUACCAAUAUCGCAUGAAUUCUGACAUAAUGAUGUUAUCCAAUAAACUCAUCUAUGGCGACCGUCUGCGCUGUGGAUCUCAAGCUGUGGCGAACCAUUCUCUGGUCCUCCCAAACUGCGAUUUCCUGAAAAGGAUACACGGAGGAAAGUCGACGUGCCAUCGCAAUGGCUGCUGGAUUGAGCAGCUCAUGUCAGAGAGCUGCAAAGCUGUUUUCGUCGAUACCGAUCUUGUACCCGCCCAGGACUCAAAAGUGGGGGAUCUGGUCCAAAACGAAGUCGAAGCUAGCCUUGUCUACCAGGUGACUGAGACCAUGUUGCGCAGCGGAAUCACUCCAGACCAAAUUGGCAUCAUCUCGCUGUACCGCCAACAAGUAAAGCUCUUGACGCAGAUGCUUCAUGAACAUAAAGGCAUCGAAGUUCUGACGGCUGACCGAAGCCAAGGACGAGACAAAGAUUGUGUUAUCAUUUCGAUGGUGCGCUCCAAUGAUGAUGGUGUGAUCGGUGACCUGGUCAAGGAUUGGAGGCGAAUGAACGUUUCAUUCACUCGAGCUCGGUCAAAGCUUAUCAUUUUUGGAUCGCGCAAGACCUUGCAGGACGCGCCUCUCCUUAAAGAGUUCUUCGCUUUGAUGGAAGGGCAGAACUGGAUCAUGCAAUUGCCGCUUAAAGCAAAUGUCAGUCAUGCGAGAGCAUUUGGUGCUACGACGCCUUCGAAACGCGUUGUCGAGGAUGCUUUCAGUCCAAGGAAGGAGAACGCGAGCAGUAUCAGACCACAGAAGAAAUUGAAGGUGAAGAAAGGUUUAACGGAGGAAGGCCUCUUGCGCAACCGCCCCAUUUUGCGAGACCUAGUAAAUGAUGGACGAUAA